AUGAGCUCUACUAUGCGCGAUCUGAUUUCGGGGGAGGCCGAGUUGGACGACGACGAAGAUGACGAAUCUUUUGACGAAGAAACUGGCCGAGAGCGCCGAAAGAGACCUACUGCUCACGUCGACGACUCCAGCGAAGAGGAAGAAGAUGAUGACGACGAGGAAGAAGCUCGCAAGAUCCGCGAGGGCUUCAUUGUCGAUGAGGACGAAGAAGAGGAAGAAGCGGAGUCCGAUGUCGAAAGCCGACCGAUUAAGAGAAAGCGAGAGCAUCGGAACCGCGAGGAGGAAGAGGCACUUGAUGAGGAAGAUCUAGAACUAAUUGGCGAGCAAUUUGGUGAACAACCAAAGCCCCAGGCUCCAUCCAAGUUCAAGCGCCUUAAACGUGGCCACCGAGAUGAAGACGAUGGAGCCCACGAAAAGCGAGGGCUGGAAGAAAUCUUCGCCGACGAAGACGAGGACGCUGGAGAACAGCGUUCAUACGGUCGACCCGGCUUCCGCUCCCAAGUAGACGAAUUCGACGACUUCAUAGAGGAAGACUAUCCCGAAGAUGAGGAUGAGCGCAUACGCCAACAGGAAGAUGCUGAGGUCGCCCGCCCCAGAGACCGUGGUGUUGGAGGAGUUGUUGACACGACAGGACUGGACAAAGAUGCCCUGGAUGAUAUGGAAGCUAUUUUCGGUAAUGGCGAAGAUUACGACUGGGCGCUUCAGAUGGAAGAAGAGGAAGAGGACAGAGAGCGAGAGGAGCAAGGCAUUGAACUCAAGGAUGUCUUUGAGCCUUCACAGCUUAAAGAAAAGCUGCUCACCGACGAGGAUAACGAGAUUCGAUUUACCGACGAGCCCGAACGCUUCCAACUGGAUCGUAAAUCAUUCAAGAACCUACAGUUGACAGCAGAGCAGUUCAAGGAGGAAGCUCGAUGGAUCACCAACCAGCUUUGGCCGAAGAAGGGCUUGGUCCAGGAACUCCAGGCCCCUUUUGGCAAAGCUGUUAGCAAAGUACUCGAGUUUUUCAUUGUCGACGAAGUGGAGGUUCCAUUUGUGUUUCAGCACCGAAAAGACUACCUCCUACACUCCAAGAAAAUUCGCAAAUCGACCAGGGACGACCCUGAUGGUCCUGAUUACACAAUUCAGUCGGAUAAGCUCUUGAACCAGGAUGACUUAUGGAGAAUCCUAGAGCUGGAUAUCAAAUUCCGUUCGUUUGUGGAGAAGAGAAACUCACUCGAGAAAUCAUUUGAAAACCUCAAAUCGAUGGACGUCCAAGACAGCAUGGUCGAAGAAAUGAUUCCGGAAGCCACCACCAUGGAAGAGAUUCAGGAUCUGCAAGACUAUUUGCAAUUCCAAUACGCCAAUAAGCUAAAGGAUCUGGCCACCCUGGCUGGAAACAUAUCGCUAACGAAGCGUCCGGGUUCAAAAUCUUCCCUGCUCGACCGUGUUCGCAAUGGCAAGGCCUAUUAUUUUGUCAAGGCCUACGGAAUUACUGCAGAUCAGCUAGCCAAGAAUGCUCUCCGCCAGGGCAGAAAAGUUGCGCCUGAUGACAAUGAGCAGUACCCGAUGGAUCUUGCCGACACCCUUCUUGACGACAGCUUUAACACCGGUGAUCAAGUCAUGAAUGCUGCUCGCCAGAUGUAUGCCGAAGAGCUCUUUGCUAGCCCCCGGAUGCGCAAGUAUCUGAGAGCCUCAUUUUACCAGGCAGCAGAACUAAGCUGCCGCCGAACAGACAAGGGCUUGCGAAAGAUUGACGAUACGCAUCCUUACUACGAAGUCAAGUACAUACAAAACCAAGCGAUUGCCGAUCUGGUGCACCAGCCUGAAGUGUUCCUCAAGAUGAUGCGCGCAGAGGAGGAAGGCCUGGUGGAAAUCAAGCUGGAGAUGCCUUCACGCUACGACUUCCGGAGACAACUUUACCAAGAGUUUGAAUCAGAAAACUUUAGCGAUCGGGCGGAGCAGUGGCGAGAGGAGCGCAAAAAGGUAUUGGAUCUCGCCUAUCCUAAGCUGGAAAAAAUUGUGGCCAAAAACAUCAAAGAAGUUAUUCGAACGUUUUGCCAAGACGAAGUUCUUAAGAUGUGUCGACAAGAGUUCUACCGCAAGCUGGAUCAAGCUCCUUACAAGCCCAAGGGGAUGAUCCUAGGCACCACUCCCCGAGUCCUGGUGUUGUCUAAUGGAGGUGGUGAUCCCACUCGCGACCCUGUGUGCUGGGCUUGGGUAGAGGAAGAAGGACGUGUGCUCGAACAAGGCAAAUUUGGCAAUCUUGGUAGAGACGAGACUCAGCGUGAAAAUUUUGUCGAGCUCGUACGGCGACGGCGCCCCGAUGUCAUUGGUGUUGGCGGUUGGUCGUCCGAUACACAGAAGCUCGUACGUGACUUGGAAGGCCUAGUGAGCGAGAAGAGCCUCAUGGGAGCAGAGUUUGAAGAUCCGGAGACAAAUGAUUACCGCACCGAGCUCCUUGAAGUCAUUGUUGUGGAGGAUGAAGUCGCACGCCUUUACAAGGAUAGCCCCCGUGCGAUAGCCGAGCAUCCUUCGCUAAACCCCAUCACAAGAUACUGUAUUGCUUUGGCACGAUAUCUGCAAAACCCCAUGAAAGAGUACGCUGCGUUGAACAAAGAUGUGGCUUCUCUUUCAUUCCACCCAUGCCAGAACCUUCUCCCUCCAGACAAGCUGAUGAAAUAUCUGGAGUCCGCCAUGGUUGAUACUGUCAACAUGGUCGGAGUCAAUAUCAAUGAGGCCAUGACCGACUCAUACACAGCCAACCUCCUCCCUUAUGUUGCAGGUUUAGGACCGCGAAAAGCCACCAGCGUCAUCAAGACUAUUAAUGCAAACGGAGGUGUGGUCAACACAAGAGACGAACUGGUUGGCGAUCCCGAUAGCGGAAAGCUUCCUGUCGUAGGACCACGCGUCUGGAACAAUUGCGCCAGUUUCCUGUACAUUGAGUACGACGCAACCAAUCCCUCAUCAGAUCCUCUGGACAACACUCGUGUUCACCCAGAGGAUUACGAGCUGGGUCGCAAGAUGGCGGCAGAUGCGCUUGAACUGGACGAAGAAGAUGUCAAGGCCGAAACUGAUGAGAAUGGACCUGGUGCCAUCGUGCGAAAACUCUUCAAGCAAGACGAGCAGGAGAGAGUUAACGAACUGGUGCUUGACGAGUAUGCCGACCAGCUGCAGAGGAACUUUAGCCAACGCAAACGAGCCACUCUCGAGGCCAUUAGUGCAGAAUUGCAAGCUCCAUAUGAAGAACUGCGCAGGAGCUUCGCGCUGCUCACGCCUUCUGACAUUUUCACCAUGUUUACAGGCGAAACCAAAUCAACUCUCUGUGAGGGCAUGAUUGUUCCCGUUAUGGUGCGCAUGGUCAGAGACGACUUUGCCAUCGUGAAGCUAGACUGUGGCAUCGAAGGCAGGAUAGAAGGCCAUGAAGUAUCGAACCGAUCGUCUGUCAAGGACGUACUUAGCUCUGGGCAAACGGUACAAGCCAAGAUUCUCGAGAUGAAUUACAAGGAUUUCCUGGCUAAGCUCUCCAUGAGAGAAGAGUCUCUGCGGAUACCGUACAAGCCUCCCAUCAACUUUGGUCGUGACGGCUGGGACUACGCCCUCGAGGCUGCCGAUAAAGAAGAGCUCCGUGAGAAAGACAAAACCACGGGCAGGACACAACGAGUUGUCAAGCACCCCAACUUCAAACCUUACAACUCAAUUCAAGCAGAGGAAUUUCUUGGAUCGCAGCCUCCUGGCGAGGUCAUCAUUCGACCCUCUUCAAAGGGUAAUGACCAUUUGGCCAUUACCUGGAAGGUUGCCGAUGGCGUCUACCAACACAUUGAUGUCUUGGAGAUGCAGAAGGAUACAGAAUUCUCCGUCGGCAAACUUCUCCGGAUAGGUGGCAAAUAUACUUACAGUGAUCUGGACGAGUUGAUUGUGGACCAUGUUAAGGCCAUGGCCAAAAAAGUCGAGGAGAUGAUGAGACACGACAAGUACCAAAAUAGAUCGCGUAACGAGACUGAAAAAUGGCUUAUUACAUACGUGGAUGCCAAUCCCAACCGAUCUGCGUACGCCUUCUGCAUCGACACCAAGCAUCCCGGAUACUUUUGGCUUUGCUUUAAGGCGAGCAAAACAGCCCGCGUGAUCGGCCUGCCAGUACGGACCAUUCCCCAGGGUUUCGAGCUUAGGGGAUACCAAUACCCCGAUAUGCGAGCCCUGUGUAACGGUUUCAAGCUGCGAUUCCAGAAUGAGUUCUCCAAGAUGGGGGCGCGAUAG